GUGGUAACUUCGUGAUGUUUAGAGUAUCACUUGAUUGCAGGAAGAUUUGCGAAAUUAAGCAGGAAUUGUGCUUUAAUUUCAUGUCUUGUGUGGGAAUUGGCAACUGAUUUUUGUAAUGGCACAGAAAAGGUAUAAAAUGUGUCCACACAUUGGCAAUGAGCACGUGCUGGAGAUUAAAAAGCUUGAAAAGGUAAAGUCAUGUGCGGAGUGUGAUUAUUCCGGACCGAAUCUAUGGAUCUGUCUUCAGAGGAAUUGCUUACGUGUGGGAUGCUCUGAACAAGCCAAUGAUCACAGCACUGAACAUUUUCAGCUAGAUAACUGCCAUUGCCUACACAUGAAUAUGUCAUCACAACGUUUAUGGUGCUAUUUAUGUGAACGAGAGGUGUUUAUUGACGUGAAGCCAACAUUGAUAGAGGACCCAUUUAUUACAGCAAUGAGGUCAACAGUCGCCUCGCAAAAAUAUGAAAAAGAUAACAGUGAUGGAAAUGAAAGUGACGAAAAUAACAAGGAAAUGUCGGCAUCCUCAACCGGAUUGGUCGGGUUGCAAAACAUCGCUAAUACCUGUUACAUGAACUCAGCGCUACAAGCGCUCAGUAACGUACAACCCAUGACACAUUACUUCCUCAACUGCAGUGAUUUGGUUGAACACAUUGUUGAGCAAAGUUCAAAUCGGAAUAAAGUUGGACUUGCUAAAAGUUAUCAGCGGUUAAUUCAUGACAUAUGGAGCAGAAAGGGUAUUGGAAAAGAUUACAUUGCACCUCGUGGAAUAUUAUAUGGAAUUCGAAGUGUUCAUCCAAUGUUUCGUGGCUUUCAGCAGCAUGAUACCCAAGAGUUUUUGCGUUGUUUUAUGGACCAAUUACAUGAAGAAUUAAAAGAAAAUAGCCCUGUUUUGCCAAUAAUGUCCUGUACCAAAACUCCAAUGAUAGAGAUGAACAGCUCAGAAGGACCAGUAGAUUCAGAUUCUGUGUCUCAGUCAAGCUCCUUGUCAGAUUCUGAGUAUGAAACGUGUGAUAGCAGCCUUUCCCAGCAUUCUAAUCAAGUCAAAGGACAGUUAAACACAAGUAGCGCAGAUCGUAAUCGAAGAACACGUAAAGCGCACAACAGUUCAUCGCAGCCUCAAGCAGAAGUUCAUUCAAUUAUAAGUGACGUAUUUGAUGGAAAAUUACUCUCAUCAGUACAAUGCCUCACUUGUGAUCGGGUUUCCACACGCGAAGAAACGUUUCAAGAUCUUUCGUUACCUAUUCCGAAUCGAGACUAUUUGAACAUGCUCCAUCAAACCCAUAGCUUAAGCGCUCAAAGUCUUAAUUCAAUUGACACUUUGGCACCUAAUAACACAGACGGAUGGUUCACUUGGUUCUGGAAAGUUUUUCGAUCAUGGCUGUGGGGUCCUUCUGUAACGUUAUAUGACUGUAUGUCAAGUUUUUUUAGUGCAGACGAACUCAAAGGAGACAAUAUGUAUAGUUGUGAAAAGUGCAAUAAAUUAAGAACUGGGAUUAAAUAUUCACAAAUUUUGGAGCUUCCGGAGGUGUUGUGCAUUCACUUGAAGCGGUUCCGUCAUGAUUUGUCCUAUAGUUCGAAAAUAUCGUCACCAGUUCAUUUUCCUCUUGAAGGUUUUGAUAUGAAACCAUAUUUACAUAAAGAUUGUAAAUCAGUAGUAACAGUGUACAAUGUGGUUUCUGUGAUUUGUCAUCAUGGUACCGUAGGGGGUGGUCAUUAUACAUGUUUUGCCCGUAAUCCUGUUACAGAUCGUUGGUAUCAAUAUGAUGAUCAGCAUGUCAUAGAAGUACAAGCCAGCACUGUUCAGAACUGUCAAGCAUAUGUUCUAUUUUAUCGGAAACAUAAUCCUCAAAUGGAUUUAAUUAGAGCAAAGGCAAGUGAAAUUUCUGCAUUGAAUCCAGUUCACACCGCAGAAAUUCGAUUUUAUGUUGCACGUGAAUGGCUCUCAAGAUUUAGUACAUUUGCGGAACCUGGACCAAUCAAUAAUUGGACAAUACUGUGUUUACACGGUGGCCUUUUAGAGUCUAAAAUGGCUUUGUUGGAUCAGAUUGCGGUACCUUUAUCUCAGCAAUUGUGGGAUUUUCUAUAUUCUACAUUUGGUGGUGGGCCUGCUAUAAAUAUGUUGUUUGAAUGUGAAAUUUGCAAACGAGCAGCUGAAUCUCUGAAACGACGCCAAAUUUAUGAAUUAUGUGUAUUUACGAAAUUCACUGGUAUGGAUACCGAACAUGAUUGUGGCGCUAUAUAUGCCAUAUCAAUGCCUUGGCUGCGAAAAUGGCAACAAUUUGCUCGCGGGAUUACUUAUAAGGAACCGGGACCCAUUUCUAAUGCUAAUAUUGCCCUAACAGAUGCUGUUCAGUCGUUACCAAUUCGACAAGUGCGUCCAGGCUCGGACUAUGCCCAGGUGAAUGCUCUUCUGUGGCGUUUCUUCUAUGGUAUUUAUGGAGGAGGGCCAGCAAUAAUGCUUCGAGGAGCGGUUACAGAAGAGAUUGAAAUUAUUGACCAAGAUGAACAGUUUGAAUCUGACCAUUUAGCAGACAAACUCGAUUUUUCAGAUACGGAAAGCAAUAUAGGAAAUAUGAAUUCUGUUGAUAUGAAUGAAUCCGAAACAAUGCAAGAAAAUCUAGAUAAUAGAAGUUCGGAUGACAGUACUCGCUCGCCAAUAUUGUCCGUUCAUUAUGGCAAUUUUAAAGAAACCAAAAAUACGAAACGCUUUGGAGGUAAUAGUAAGAAGUUGCGCUCACCAUUACUUCGAAAUAGCCUACGAAGAAAGAACACAAAAAGUCGAAAUGCCAUUAAAAGUGCAUUUGGACCUACAGGUAAUUACAAUUUUCGGAGAAACUUCGAUAGCAUAGAGAAUGGUUCAGCGGAAAAAGUACACACACAUUCCACUCAAGCAGUUCAUAUCGAACCCGACUUACCGCAAAGUGCAUUUAAUACAAAUCAAAAGCAAUCAUUCCUAUAUGAAAAUAAGCCUAGAAAAACAAUUUCAAAGAGCACCUAUGCCGAAAGCUUAGGAGCAUAUUCAGAUGAAGUAGUAGCAGUGCAUACUGGACAUACAAAAAAUAGAUCGAA